GAGUUAAAAGAAAUCAAGAAAAGCUUAAAAAAGGAAAAAAAGAAAAAAAGAAAAAUGGCCGAUCUCUACCGUAACGCCGAUCAAACCAAGUUCUACGCCUCGAUUCGUCCUAACUACCCGCCUGAGCUCUUCGACUUCGUCGCCUCCAAAGCUCCGAGUCGGCGCCUCGCGUGGGACGCCGGCACGGGGAGCGGCCAAGCCGCUCUCUCUCUGUCCUCCCUCUUUGACUCCGUUAUCGCAACCGACUCCAGCCCUGAGCAGAUUUCCCAUGCCCCAACCCACCUCUCCAACAUCCGCUUCGUCAUCACACCGCCCUCGCUUCCCCUCGCCGAUCUCCACCGCCUCGUCGCCCCACCUGCCUCCGUCGACCUCAUAACCGUUGCCACGGCGUUGCACUGGUUCGACAUCCCGGCUUUCUUCGAACAGGCCCGCUCGGUCCUCCGCCGCCCUGGCGGAGUGUUAGCCGCGUGGUGCUACGGCUACCGUAUAUUCGUCGACGGGGGGAGGGUCGACGAGAUAUAUAGGCGGUUGGGCGAGGUAAUGUGGAGUUACAUUAGUAAGGAUAUCAGGGUGUUGGUUGAGGAAGGUUAUGAAGGGUUGGAGUUUCCUUUCGAGGAAGUGGAGGGGCUUGAGGGGGGAACGGGGCCGGUGAGGGGAUUUGUAGCGGAGAGAGCGAUGGGGGUGGAGGGAUUGAUUGCUCUCACGAAGACUUGGGCGGGGUAUCAGAAGGCGAGGGAGGCUGGGGUGGAGGUGCUUACGGAGGAGGUGGUGGAUGAGUUGAAGAUGGCUUGGGAUGAAGAUGGAGAGGAGGUAAAGAAGGUGAAAUUUCCGAUUAGUCUUCGAAUUGGAAGGAUGGGAUCGAGCUUGCCGGCAUAGUAAUUCAGCCAGAUAUUGGGGAUUCAUGGAUGGAGAAGGAGGUUUAUUUGUUGGGAUAAAGCUUGCAUUGAGGACGUUUAUUUCUCUAAUUACAUCAAUGGUCAUUUGGAGGGCUUCUUUAACUCCUCAUCCAAGCUGAGGUAAGGAUGCCCCCUCUCUCCUUAUAUCUUCUGCAUUGUGAUGGACUCUCUUUCUAUUGUUUUAGACAAUGUUGCUCUUCAUGGCUCCUUUUCUGGUUACAACCGAGGUAACCUAUAAAUUUCUCUCUUGCUUUAUGCAUAUGACUGACUUGUUUUUGGUAAGACAACUAAACCUAAUGUGCAAGCUCUUAUGAACAUCCUCUCUACUUUUGGUAAGGUUUGUAGCCUUAUUAUUAAUCCUUCAAAAAGCUCAAUUUUGUUCUAUAUGACUUCAUCUAGUUUAGAUGAAUCAUGUGCUAUGAUUAAUCUUCCUAGAGUAUUUAACUCUUUUCAAUUUCUAGGUUAAAUUUUCUAAUUUUUAAAGUUUAAUGGCCAAAGCCUCCUUGCUUGAUAAAUGGACAUGAUAAGCUCUCUCUUUGGUUAGACAACUGCAAUUGCUAAACUUCACUAUCUCUAACAUAAUUGCUUACUCAAUUAAAAGUGAUAUCUUGCCAGAAACCUGCAUAAAACAUCUUAACAAGUUUUGUGCUCAUUUUCUGUUUCAUGGCGGCAUCUCUACUAGGAAAUCGCAGCUUGUUUCUUGCUGAGAUACUUGCGAGUCUAUUCCCAUUGGGAGUCUAGGUAUUCCCUAUAUUCUUGAUCUCAAUUUUGCUUAUAAUUAUGCUCUUAUCAUGUGGGUGCUUACUUUUGGGUCUCUGCUUUUCAUAUUCUAGAAAAUUAAAUAUAUAUCCUUUUGAAAUAAUAGAAAUUGCGAUACUACUUUAUGGUGGAAAUCUCUCAAGGUCUCUUGGGAGAAAAUAGAGCUUGGUUUAUAAUUAAUAGUUUGGAAUGGCUAUAAUUUCUAUUUUAUUUGGGAUCCCUAGAUAAAUGGGAAGUCCUUGGUUGAUCUGGAAAAUUUCUCCUCUAUCCUUCAUUUGAUUAAGUAGGAUGUCUCUAUUGUUGACUUCAUGAUUAAUGAGGCUUGGAACCUGCCUUCUUUCCUUCAUCCGAACAUUAAAAGAGUUAUUUGUUUUGUCCCUAUCUUCCCUGAUGAUAAAAAAUAUAUAUUUUGUGGAUAUAAAAAGAAA